AUGGCAGAGGUAAUCCAAGGAGAGUUAGACUUGGACUUUGAUAUCAUGAAGUUCUUCAUUAAUAGCAAGGUGUAUCCAGAGAUGGUGCUAGCUGGCACCAGUGCAAGAAUCAUCUUUGUAAAGAGCAAAAAGACCAAAGUGACUAUCAACUCUACUGAAGAUGGGCAAUACAUCCUUGCCUGUUCAGCAAACUCUGCCCCUCCCUUGGCACAGAUAGUUUCCUCAGAGUGUCCAGUGGGCAGCCCCAAGUCUGGCAUGCAACAGGGAGGAUAUGGUGGAGGAGGAAUAGGAGCAGGGAUGGGCAGUGGAGGAGGAAUGGGCUCCAGAGCCGGGGAGCCGUACCGCCUGGCCACCCAUGAGAGCCCCACCCCCUCCAGACAGAUGCAGUCUGGCUCGGGGCCAGGUGUGGGGCAGAUGGGCCCAGGCUCCAGCCACGGGAUGGGCCACAGUCCUGCAGGGACUGCCAUGGGAGGUCCCGGAGUCCACGGAGGUCAGAGUGGGCAAAGUCCAGGUCAGCACGCGUCCCGUCGAAACCUCCAAGUUGACUUCACCGGUUCAGGUGGCUCGAGAACUGGGCGGUCCCCCUCGGUGUCUCCUGACCAUGGUGUGACCCCCACCUCACCCUAUUCUGUGCCCCAGAUAGCACCCAUGCCCAGCAGCAAGCUGUGCCCGGUGUGUACCACCACGGAGCUCACCAACCCACCGGCCGUGCCCAACUACAACACCUGCACCCAGUGUAAGGCCACUGUGUGUAACCAGUGUGGAUUCAAUCCCAACCCACACCUCACAGAGAAAAAGGAGUGGUUAUGUCUAUACUGCCAGACCCAGCGGCUGAUGUCUGGAGGUGGCCUGGAUGAACCUCCACUUCCUGUUCCUCACCCGUCCCCCAAGCACCAGCCAAUGGGCUCACCCCGUCACCAGGCGCCAAGCCCUCUCCACAAAGCCACCAAUCAGCAAGGGCCCAGACCGACCCAACCCCAGGCCCAGCCCCAGGCUCUGAAACCCCAGGCAGGAGCACCUGGGAGUGGGCCAUUCGCACCCGUUACGGCCAAACCACCACAGAUUGACACCAGGACCACAACGCCGGCACCAGUACCGACCAGUGAGUCCCAGAAACAGCCAAAACCUACAGAGGAGAAACCCAAAGCCGAACCUGAGAGCCAAAUCACCAAAGAAACCAAACCGUCCCAGAGGAAGGAAGAGCAGAUCAUGCCCAUUAAAGAGAUUAAGAAAUCAAGACACUAUGAUAAUGCUGAGGCUGCAGGUGGCAUCAAGGACACAAAGAACAACAGCAGCCAUGAUCUGUCGCGCAGCCCUCAGAGCCUCAGCGAUACGGGCUACUCCUCGGAUGGCAUCUCAAGCUCCCACAGCGAGAUUACUGGCCUCAUCCAGGAAGAGGAGAUGAAGCUGAGUGAAAGGGGCAUCAGUGGGCGCAGUUCCCCACCCAGCCCCUCUGAAAUCACUAAGUUGGAGAGCUCCAUGAGGCCCCUGCUUGAGAAAAGCCUUUCUGAGGAGAAGGCAGACAGGCGGGGCAGGAAGCACAGAGACAGGGACCUGGAUGACCGUGGGAAGCAGAGGCCCCGUUCCUUGUCAAUCACACCAGAGGCCUAUGACUCGGAUGAGGAGCUAGAGGAUAUACUGGAGGAGGAGGAGGAUGGAGGAGACUGGGAGGGCAAACGGAGGGAAGGGAAGGAUGAGAAGAAGGACAAGAAAAAGAAGGAGAAAGAAGCAGAGCCUACUGAGAUGACAGAUGAGGAGUUCAUGAGGAGGCAGAUAAUGGAGAUGAGGAAAGAAAAGAGACGCCUUCAGCACCACUCUAGCAGUUUCGAGGAGGAGACCAAGAGCUCCACUGAUGUGUACAAAGGUUCGGCUGAGGAGGGGGAGGAGGAUCUAAUGGCCUCACAAGGAGGCCUGAGGCGCUUCAAGACCAUUGAACUUAAUAACACUAACAGCUACACCCGGGACAUGGAGCUUGGCAACGAGAAUGACCUGAGCCUCGACCGGGAGCCGGAGCUGGAGAUGGAGAGUUUAACAGGGUCUCCUGAGGAACGGUCCAGGGGUGACUACUCCUCCUCCCUACCACCCACCUCUUCCUCCUAUGGCUCAGGCCAGUCCCCCACGUCCAUCUCCUCCAUGGAGGAGGACAGUGACAGCAGCCCCAGCAGGAGGCAGAGGUUGGAGGAAGCAAAGCAGCAGAGAAAGGCCCGCCACCGUUCCCACGGCCCUCUCCUACCCACCAUCGAGGACUCCUCAGAAGAGGAGGAGCUCAGGGAAGAGGAGGAGCUCCUGAGAGAGCAGGAAAAAAUGAGGGAGGUGGAGCAGCAGAGAAUAAGGAGCACUGCCCGGAAGACUAAGAGAGAUAAAGAGGAACUCAGGGCUCAGAGACGUAGAGAGAGAUCCAAGACACCACCUAGUAACCUCUCACCCAUUGAGGAUGCCUCUCCCACAGAGGAGCUGAGGCAAGCUGCGGAAAUGGAGGAGCUCCAUCGCUCAUCAGCUUCUGAGUAUUCCCCUCAGAGCCUGGAUUCAGAAGCAGAAGGAUAUGAGUCUAAACUCUACAAAUCGGGCAGUGAGUACAAUCUGCCUACCUUCAUGUCUCUCUACUCCCCGGUUGAGAAAUCAUCGACCACAACAACCACGGCACCAUCCUCUACUUCUAAACCACUGAAGAGUGCUGAGGAAGUGUAUGAGGAGAUGAUGAGGAAAGCAGAGAUGCUUCAAAAACAACAGAAACAACAACAGCAACAACAACAUCAUGGAAGACAUGGGCAGUACUAUGAGGAAGAUGUCAAUGGACAAGGAUAUGAUGAUGAUUAUGAAUAUGAACAAGAUCAAACCGGAUAUGAUAAUGACGUGGUGGAGACGGAGACUGACAUAUAUGAGGAGAUCCGCCAGACAUCUCAGAACAUCACCAAGAUGCAACAGGCCACUGAUGAGCAAGUGGAGAUUGAGAUUGAGAGCUCUUACCCUGACAAACAGCUUCUAGACACAGGUUCAGCUUUUGCUAAGCUGCUGGAGCAAAGCAAUGCCUUGUUGACUCCAGGGACAAGCCCCACUCAGAUCUCUGCUCCUGUGUGCUUUGCUGAAACUGGGGGGAGGAUCCCUGAUGUACGAGUCACCCAGCAUUUUUCUGCCAAAGACGUACACAAAGACAGGAUCAAAAGCCAAACUGGGAAGAACGGGAUCACCCCAGCAGUGGCUGCCACCACUAUUGCAGCCUACGGAGUCUAUGCCAGAGAUGCAGUGACCAUCUCCCAGACUAGCUCGAGUCACACUAUUACAUCUACUCAAUCUGGUAUUUAUGGCAGGCAUACAGGAGGCACUGCUACAUCCACAACUACAGUCUCAAGUGUGUGCAGCAAGAUAGCAGAGAUUACCCAGGCCUAUAGCCAAAGAGAGGUGCUCACUAGAAGGGUGGGGGAGACAAGGGGUGUCCAAGUACGAGACAGCUCAACAUCUUCCACCGAGAGAAUUAUUGAGCCACGUUCUCCAAAGUAUACUACCUAUUACAGGAGCACUAGUCCUCCUCUGUCUCCAUCCCCACCACCACAAAGUCCCACCCGCUCUCCAUCCAGAAGAGCAACAGCUGAAUUCUCUACCCAGACAUUGAGCCCUGGAAUAGGGAUACAGUCUGCCGGCUCUGGGCCUACAUCUCCUGUGAUGGCUCAGGGGACUCAAACGUCACAGCGAUCAGUUUCUCCAAGGCUCUACCGGCAGCAGUCCUCCCAGGAUGCCCCAUACUCCCCACCCCCAAGCCCUGCUAGGCCAAUGACUGUCAACACUGCCACCUCUCCCCUGUCUUCACCAACCCGGUUCAGCCGACAAUCAACAUUUGACAUGUACUCCCCAGGAGUCAGCCCUCCAGACACUCCUCCCUACCAGCAGUCUCCCACACGCAGCUUCUACCGAACACAGAGGGUGGAGAAGGUGAAUGUGGGAACCAGCAUGGUCACCACGGUUAGUGCUUACAGCCGAGGAUCCAUGUCUAUGGACAACAUCUCCCUCUGUCGCAUAUCUACCGUCCCUGGCACCUCUAAGGUAGAACAGGGUCAGAUGAUCCAAGGAGGAAGUGUGGUGGACCUCAGAACAGCCACCAAGCCAGCUCCAGUAAUCAUAACAGACCAAGGAAUGGAUCUCACCUCUCUGGCCACUGAAAGCAGGAAAUAUCAUGGUGGACCAGAAGGAAGCAGACACUCAACGAUUGUGCAGCCAUUAAUUAUGAACCUGAAUACCCAGGAGACCACCACACCAACCACUGUGAGUGUGACCGUCGCCGCCUCCAUGUUCAUAACCCAGCCCAAACAGCCCACGGUCUAUGGAGACCCUCAUCAGAACCGGGUGGAUCUGGGUCAAGGCAUGGCUUCAGCUAUGUGUCUGUCCCAAACCAAACUCCCUGGAGCACCUCCAACUGAUCCAUCAAUUCCAAAAAUCGAUGCCAAGCUAGAGGACCUGAGCAUUCAGCAACAAGAGCUACAGAAACAACAAGAGAAGCUGCAGAUGCAACAAGAGCUGCUUGAGCAACAGUUGAAGCAGCACCAUCACAUGCAGCAGCAACAGCAGCAAGCCUCUGCCUUGGCAAGGUACAAUCUUACUGGUCAGAUCUCACCCCUACUUAAGAAAGACCUGCUAGUCAGCCAGACCAGCAGUGCCUCUGCUGUGGUCAGCACUAUAUCGCCAGCCAUCAACCCUGAUUUGUACAGUACUGGUCCCAUUGAGCUGAAAGGGAAACCCACUCCCCCAGGUGUGGUGAAUUUAUCUGGGGGUAAACCCCCCCAUAGCAUGGUGGUGCAGAUGGAGGGAGGGCCAGGGCAGGGGGCAGCAGUGACCCAGCUUGUUCAAAUAGAAGAAGGGCAGGAUGCAGUGGAUCUGACAGGUGGCCAGAUCAAACCGGACAACCAACCAGUGUGUUGUGACGUUGUUUACCGGCUUCCGUUUGGUGGGAGUUGUGUUGGUGAGUCUGAGAAAGAGGGCAUAAGGCCUCCCUCUGCUCCACCCCUUUCAUAUGAGUCUGACACAGAAAAGCAAACGGAAAAAUACCAUGAGUAUCCAAUGGAUGAACGUAAGGCUUAUACUUUGCCUUUCCCUGGAAGGCUUCAGCCUUCAAUGUCUGAUACAAACCUAGCUGAUGCUGGACUUCAGUCUUAUCAUUCCAAAAUAGACCCACAUUUCCAAGUCUCGGGAGCACUUGCCCUAGAUCUAACUUCUUUGAAACACACCUAUGAUGGCGGUUACAUGGGGAUGCAGUAUGGCUCUUAUACAGACCUACGCCAUGGUAGUGACAUCACAGCCCAAACCCUACCUAUAAGGAGAUUCAAUUCUUUGUCCAAUAUCAGUUCAGAUUAUGGCUACACUGCUCGUGACAUCGCUAGUUUCCAGGAAUCUAAUUUGGCUCAAUACAGUGCAACAACAGCCAGGGAGAUAAGCCGGAUGUGCGCUGCACUCAAUUCCAUGGAUCGGUAUGGAAGCAACCCAGACUUGAUGCACUUCGGCAGUCUAGGAAGAGGAACUGGGCCUGGCACUACAAGACUUGCAGUCACUCUGGGCAUAAGACCAAACCUCCUCUUUGGACCAGAUGGUAAGCCAAUUUCCCACAAUCAGGCCUUAACCAACCUCAUCAAUGCCCGGCAGGCCAGUCUCAGAGCAAUGUACCCUACAGUAAUGAGGUCCUCUGAUGGGAUGAUCUACUCAACCAUCAACACCCCUAUCGCCUCUACACUUCCCAUCACUACCCAGCCUGCUUCAGUGCUUCGUCCACUACUGAGAGGUGUCUACAGGCCAUACCCCUCUGCUAAUAUGACACCAGUGCCCCUAUCUAGUCUUACCAGGCUACCAAUGAACCCCAGAAUGCCCUUAUCAGGACAAGCCACAUUCCGUUACCCAGCACCAAGUCUUUUGCAGAUGGCAGCUACCUCCACCACUGCUGCAGUUACUGCAACUACCCUGGCUCCAGUGACUGCACCAAUGCCAUCCUCCAUCCCAGUGAGUACUGCUGUGGUUCAGGAUGCACCAGUCUACCUCGGCAAAGGUACAAAGGUGACCUCCUCAUCAAUGGGGGUCACUGGAACAUCUGGGGUGGUCGUGAUACCGACAGAACCACAGCAGCAGCCAAUUAAUCUGUCACAGGCACACCUGAAUAGUCAACAACAACAGCAGCAGCAACAACAGGUGACAAACUCGCAACAGCCUCAACCUCCGCCAGCUGCCCAUGCCUACCCUCUCACUGCUCCUGCGCACACACAAGGCUAUGCUCAACCUCCCAUAGGCCCCUCUGCCCCUUCUGGUGGGGUCCCGAUCCCAGGAGGCCUACCUCCCUUCCCACCUCCGGGUGCUGUUCACAAGGAGGGCGAGACAGAGGAGGAACGGCUUCACAGGCAACAAGAGCAGCUCCUGCAAAUGGAGAGGGAGCGUGUGGAGCUAGAAAAGCUCCGGCAGCUGCGUCUCCAGGAGGAGCUGGAGAGGGAAAGAAUAGAGCUGAAGAUUCACCGGGAGAAGGAGCAGAUGUUGGUGCAGAGAGAGAUUCAGGAGCUGCAGAGCAUCAAGGAACAGCAGCAGCAGCAGGAGCGAGAGAACCAGUUGGUUCUGCAAAGGGAGCAGUUAGCCCAGCAGAAGUCCCAGUUGGACCAGAUUCAGUCCUUGCAGCAGCAGCUCCAGCAACAGCUUGAAGAGCAGAAGAGACAGAAGACGGCAGCUGCUGUAGCUGCUGCAGCCCAGGGCAUGCAGAUGGACGUGAAUGGUCAACCUCUACACCCCUACGUGGAGACACAGACAAGCUCGCGCUCGCUACCCAACUCCUCAUCCGAGAUGUGUCUGAGGAGCCAGGGGGAGCACGUGGAGUCCAGGAAUAACAUGAGGAAGCACAGCUCCAUGACCAGGCUGCCCAGGGAUGGGGCGGUUGGAGAGGGCGUGGCCUUCUAUGGCUCCGCCCCCCGCAGAAUCGUGGACAGCUGUGUGCAGACAGAUGAUGAGGACGGGGAGGAGAGGUACAUGUUGCGUCAGCGCAGUAGAAGGCGUGGUCGCAGUGUGGAUUGCUCUGUUCAGACAGACGACGAUGAAGACAAGGUGGAGUGGGAGCAGCCAGUCAGACGGAGGCGCUCCCGUUUCUCCCGGCACUCAGAAUCCAGCAGCACCUCUGGCUCUGGCACUGCCGGCGUUGCCACAACAACCGAUACCAAACCGGACAACUCCAAGAUGGUUUCCUCCAGCAUCGCCGUCCAGACCAUCAGGGAAAUAUCCUGCCAGACGGAGGCAGAACACUUGAGCUGGGUUUCCCCAGCGAUCCACAUCACCGUCCCAGAUCCUAGUAAAGUGGAGAUUGUGCACUACAUCUCAGGACCCGAGCGUACCCAAAAGGGACAGUCUCUAGCAUGCCAGACAGAUCCAGAGGCUCAGUCUCAGGUGGUGGUGGCUCCCCAGCUCACUGUCCCGACCACAGUCAGCCCAUACUCUUCCUCCAUCGGCAUCGGGACGCAGCAGGCCGGUUCCACUGACCCAGUGGCCCAGCAGCGCCAGCAGCAGCAGAUCGCAGCCAGCGCAGCCAAGUUUGAGCACCGCCGGCCCGACCCACUGGACAUCAACUACCAGCCUCAAAACCACCUCCACAAUGAGUCCAUCUCCAGUAUCAUCCGCCAGCAGCAAGUGGCUCCCAAGUCCCCCCAGGUGCUCUACUCCCCAGUCUCCCCAGUGUCCCCGCACCGACUUCUGGAAACCUCUCUGUCCAGUGAGAGGCUAAACAAGGCCCACGUCACACCCCAGCAGAAGUCCUACACGGCAGAGUCCCCCCAGCGCCACCCCUCCAUGCCCCGGCCCAUGAAGAGUACACAGAGGUCAAUGUCGGACCCCAAGCCGCUCAGCCCCACCACAGAUGAGCACACUAAGGCCAGGCUGUCCCUGUACCAACAGCAAGCACUCCAGAGUCAGUUGGCAGCCCUGCAGCAGAGCUCCCUGCUCCGCAAAGUAAAGCGGACCCUGCCUAGCCCGCCGCCUGAGGAGACCAGUGCCACGGCACACCUGCCCAUGAUGGCACCCGCCCUCCCUCAGGUCUACCUGCCCUCCGUGCCCAGCCUCAAGCCUGGCUCUCGGCCUGGCCUCGCCGCCAAAGCCAGCCUCCUUAAAGACCUUACUCACGAGCUAAAGGCCGUGGAGCAAGAGUCAACAAAGUUAAGAAAGCAGCAAGCCGAGCUGGAAGAGGAAGAGAAAGAGAUCGAUGCCAAGUUGAGAUACUUAGAGCUGGGGAUCCACCAGAGGAAAGAGACACUGGUCAAGGAAAGGGAGAGGAGGGAUAUUGCCUACCUGAGAUGCAUGGGUGACACCAGGGACUAUAUGUCUGAUAGCGAAUUGAAUAACCUACGUCUGGCAACAGCCGCAGCGUCAUAUGAGAGCAACGGCCUGCUGACAACGAGGCCGAGCACUGCUCCACUCAGCCAGUUCACCGGUGAUGUCAACACUGCAGCGCAGUACCCACCCACCUCAUCCUUCCUCUCAUAUCAGUACCCGCAGAGCCAGCCAGCAGCACCAACUCAGCCAUCGAGUGCACCCUACCAGUCUUCAACGUUCAACCAGCCCCCUUAUCCAACGGUGUCUCAGUCCCAGGCGCUGCCGCAGCCCACACCUCUGCAGAGCCAUGUGCCCCCUCCAGCACCCUCCUACCAGUCUCAAACCUCCUACCCCUCCCACACCUACCCCCAGUCUCAGCCCCCUUAUCCCCAGACAGAAAUCGGGUUACCAGCUGCACCUCAGCCACAGCCCCAACCAGGCCACACCGGCUUUGGACCCGCACCACCCGGCCAGCCCCCAUACCCCACCCACAGCUCACCCUACCCAAGUGCUGUGUCUUCCUACCCCAAUCAGACCACUCCUUACCCUGGGCAGGCCCAAGCCGACAUUCUAACAGUGCACCCAGGAAGGCCCCGGCAGACAUCACUUGCCGAUCUGGAGCACAAGAUGCCCACCAACUAUGAGACGAUCAGCAACCCAACGGUAGUGGUUACCACCACGGCUCAAGAUGCCACCUAUUCCAGUGCAGCACCCUCUUAUGGUCAGUACACUGGUACUACAACCAUGGCCAGCUCCUAUGGGCCCUAUGGCUCAGCACCAGUAUCCAGCAGCUAUGGUGGCUAUUCCUCCACACCGGCCAGUACUUACGGUCAAUACACUUCAACUCCAGCUAGCACGUAUGGCCAGUACACCACAACCACAGCUAAUACUUACGGCUACACCACUACUACAGCUAGCUCUUAUGGCCAAUACACCUCGACUGUCUCCAAUGCCUAUGGGCAUUCUGUAGACAGCCCCUCCACCUAUGGCACGGCCGAUGGUAUGUACAGUGCACCUGGACUUGAGCAAAACAUCCCUCGCAACUACAUGAUGAUCGAUGAUGUCAGUGAGUUGACAGCAAAAGAUGGGCUGGGCACGACAACUGGGGACAUGAUGCACCAUGGCGGCAGCGGGCGUUACCCAGGGGAUGUCCAUGGCCACGGCAGCUCAGCGCGCGGCGGGACGAGCGGCUCCUCAUACGGCAGGGCAGCAGAGGAGGAGGCGGCGAUGCAGGAAGAGCUGUACGACCACCACGGCAGGGGUAAGAGCAGCUACAGGCACGGAACUCUAGGGGGCAGCAGCAGCAGCGUGUGCACUAGCAUGGGUGGGGGAUCCUCCUGUUACUAUGACUACGACUACAAACAUGGCAGCAUACGCUCUGGAACGCAGAAGCCUUCGUCCUCUUCCAGAGGCCUCCUGGCUCCCGCUGUCAUGUCCUCGAAGCGCAGCAAGCACAGGAAACAGGGGACUAUGGAGCAGAAAAUCUCCAAGUUCUCCCCCAUCGAGGAGGCUCGGGAUGUGGAGGCAGACCUAGCUUCCUACACCUCAGCGGCUGGGGGAGAUUACUCGUCAUCCUCCCGCAUCCGAGGCCGUCAGCUGAUCGAGGACUAUGGCUUCAAGAGGAACACUUACGAGGGCAGCAAUGCCAGCAGCACCUCCCAUGGUAGCCGGUACUAUGGCAUGAUGGUGGAUGACGACGACCGGAUAUACUACACCUCCACCGGCCGCUCUCGUUCCACUGGCUAUGGCAUGGACAAGAUUUCAGCUAGGGAUUACUCUGGUUACCGCAGUCGGUCCUAUGAAAGGGACGACUGCCUUUACCGCUCUGGCUACAGCCGUGGGCGCCACCCGACCCGGCAGUACUCCGAAGAGGAGAGCCCACUCAGUCCCCUGGGGAGGUUUAUGGGUUCUGGGCGGUCAUCAAGCUUAGGCCCCGACCCAUAUGACAGUCGCAGCAGUAGAUAUCACUAUUAUUAUGGCCAUUAUGGCUCCAGCCACUCACUGCCAGAUGUGCAAGACCAUAUACGGGACCUACCCCGGACCCAUGUCUACAAACCGGAUGAUACGUACAUUAUAGACGAUUAUCAUUGUGCUGUUUCAGACAGCGAAGCCUGCAUGCCGCUGUCUCCCAACGACAUGGAGAUUGACUGUGAUCUGCUCUCGGUUUCCAAAGCCUACCAUCUGGGCCAGGAGGAGACCGACUGGUUCGAGAAGCCGCGCUCCAGCUCUCGACACUACAGCAGCAGCCACUCCACUGGGCGGAGCCGACAUGGUGUCAAGCACACCUACCACGACUAUGACGAACCUCCUGAAGAGGAUCUGUGGCCACAGGAUGACUAUGGCCACAGCGGGCGACAUUCCUCAUCCCGUGAUCACCGUCACCACGGCAGCUCUGGAAGGCACUCGUCCUCGUCCCGUCACUCAGAUGAGCCGAGGUCCUCCAGGUCAUCCAAGGGUCACCCCAAGGACCCGUCGAUGCGCCAUGACCCCUCAGGGCGUUCAUCAUCCUCGGGAAGGCGUGGAGAAUCAAGGUCCGGAGGAUACCACUCCUCCGAAUAUUCUCGGGACCCAUCUGGGCACCACCAUGGCCAGCGCUCCUCCCGGCAAGGAGACCCCCACAGAUCCUCUCGCAGCAAGUCCCAACAGCCUGGAGACCUCCAAGGUCAGCCCCCAGUGAUUACCAACAGUCUUGGCAACCUGUCCACCCUUGUCAAACAUCAUGUCAAAAACCUUGGUGUGAUAUUGGAUUCCGCCUACAAGUUUGACAAGCAAGUUAAUGCAGUACUGAAAGCCAGUAUUUUCCAGCUUGAUACUAUUGCCAAAAUCAAGCUGUUUCUCUCUUAA